UUGUUUAAAUUAACUGUGAUAUUUAAUAAUCACAAUUAUCCAGUAACAAUUUUUAACUGAAACAGUUUAUUUCCGUCAUGCCAAGUAAAAUUCACCAUCACAAUCAGCAGGCAGAAUUCCCACUUAAUUUUAAAUCCAAUCUAGUUUUAGUUCAUAACCUUAAAAUUUGACAGAUUCUGUAAUAAUAAUUAUUGAAUCAAUGAAUAGAAAAACAUGCAGUUAAAUAUGAAGUAUUUAACCACUCAACGAUACAGAAUGUUAUAGUUUCAACAAAAUUUUAAGCACUUAACUUUAAGAGGUAGUUUGUUAUCAUGGCUAGACCAGAAACACUAUGCAAUCAGUCCUUACUAGAAGCGGGCGAUAGAAGUCUCGAUAGGACAAUUGGGGAGCCCGGUGAUGUUAAAACGCAAUUUGUUACAAGAGAAGGUACCUACAGACUUUUAACGCUUAGUGAAUAUUCACGACCAAAUAGGGUGGGUUAUCAACCACAAGGCCAAACACCCCCACAAGUACGUGUAUCCCUUGUAGGUCUUCCUGAACAGGGAGAAAGAAUAUGUUUUAACCAUGGUAGGGAAUUAUAUGUAUAUGUUUACAAAGGAAUCAAGAAAGCAGCCGAUUUGAGCAAGCCUCUUGAGAAGAAGGUAUAUAAAGGUACAAAUCCAACUUGCCAUGAUUUUAAUAGUACAUCUGCUACAAGUGAAAGUGUAAGCUUACUCAUCGGUUUCAGUACGGGACAAAUACAAUUAAUAGAUCCAAUAAAAAAAGAACUUAGUAAAUUAUUUAAUGAAGAAAGGUUUAUUGAUAAAACGAGAGUUACUUGUUUACGCUGGGUUCCUGGAAGUAAAUCUUUGUUUUUAGCUGCUCAUGCAUCAGGACAAUUUUAUGUUUAUAAUGAAGAAUUGCCUUGUGGAUCAGCAGCUCCCCAUUACCAGCCCUUCAAAGCUGGGGAAGGCUUUUCUGUAAAUACUUGCAAAACAAAAUCAACAAGAAAUCCGCUGUUUAGGUGGUUGUUGGGGACUGGUGCAGCCAUAAACGAACUUGCCUUUAGUCCUAAUGGUACUCAACUGGCUGUAGUAUCACAAGAUGGUUUACUCAGAAUAUUCCAAUAUGAUAGUAUGGAACUUUUAGGAUAUGCUAGGUCGUACUUUGGUGGACUUUUAUGUGUAGCUUGGUCUGGUGAUGGAAAGUUAAUAGCUGUUGGGGGAGAAGAUGACUUAGUUACUGUGUACUCAAUGGAACAGAAAAGGGUGGUGGCUAGAGCUCAAGGACAUAGAUCAUGGGUCUCUGCUGUAGCUUUUGAUUGGUAUUUAGAGGUGGAGUCGUGUUACAGGCUAGGUUCAGUAGGUCAUGACACUCAAAUAUGCCUUUGGGAACUUCCCGAAGAUAAUAUAGUGCCACCACGACCAAGAGUGAAAAGAAGGCCAGAUCCACUUCAGUUAGUAGGAACUCCAGCUUGUCCACGAUUAGACGAGUGUCCAAAUCUUGAACCAUUAGUUUGUAAGAAAAUUGCUCAUGAACGUUUAACGGCUCUCGUAUUUAGGCCUGAUUGUAUUAUAACUGCGUGCCAAGAUGGAUAUGUAUAUACUUGGGCACGUCCUACGACAUAAGACUAGACAUAAGUGGGUCAAUUCCUUUCAGAUUAGUAAUUUUUAUGUAAUGAUUAUCAAAGAAAUGUUUGGAACACGUGGCUUAUAGAUUUUCGUCGGACUUAAGAUUGUGUCACUGUCACACUUAUAGUUUAAAACAAAAGCGGUAUGACUCAGUUUUUGUUAUUUUGAGAAAGUAUCAUAUACAUAUAUUCUACAGAGAUCAUCUGAACCCCCUUUUCUCAUUACUUUACCUAUACAUAUUAAGGAUUUCCACAGUUUUCACUGUAUUCCUUCAUUCAACCAUUCUCUCCAGUUCUUUUUUGUCAGUCCCCUUCCAGCAGAUUUCUUCUUUCUAUUGCUUCGUCCACUUUAACUCUGAAAGAUCUUCAGGGUCUGCCUCCCUUCCUUUUUCCUAUCGGGCUCCACUCUGUUAAUGUGUUUAUCCAACGCUCUUGGUCUGCUCUUCUGAGCGUACCAGGUUAAUCUCUUCUGUUCUGUGUAGUCUAUUGUAUCCGAGCUCAUUCCCAUUUUUUUCUUAAUCUCUUCAUAUUAUUUUUUAUUCUAUCUCUUCGUGUUACUCUGCAGCUUCUCCUUAGGAAUUCCAUCUGUUGUUCUUAUUUUGUUUUUGGUUUUCUUAUUUAUUAACAAUUUUCACACCCAUAAGUGAAGAUACUUCUUGUCAUGGUGAUAUAUAAGUAUUAAAUUGUUCUUUUUAUAUUUUUAUACUGAUGUUCUUAUUCCCCACUAUCGGGUUCAGUCUUCGUAUGCAGUCUCUUAUGUGUCUUAGUGUAUUUUUUUUAUCUUCUUCAGUUGUUCGUUUGUUUGAUAUUAUAAAAUCUAAAUACUUGUGCUUGUCUGUUUUUUUGAUUUGUUUAAAUUCGGUAUUCAGUUAUCUUUAGGUUUAUUUCCAUUCCAUUUUUUGUAUAUUUCUGUUUCAGUUUUCUCAUCAUAAAACUGAGGUCAUCUUCGUCUUGUCGAUCGCUCUUUGGUCAUCAGCAAAACUUAGGGUAUAUAGGUAUCUGUUUCUUACUGGUAUACCCAUUCCUUCGCACUUUUUCUUUCACGGUUUCAGGGUUCUUUCCAGGAAUAUUUUGAACAGGGUAGUGGAUAUGGAGCAGCCCUGUAGCAAUCUCUUUGUUAUCUUAAAUGAACUGAAUACUAUAUUGCCCGCUUUGAUGGCUACUUUGUUAUUCUUGUAAAGUGCUUUUACUGCUUCUAUUAAUAUUUUACUUUUUAGAUAUGCUCAUUUUCAAAUCAUAUUGUUUUGUAUCCCUAGAUAAGUUUUCGCGCCAUUGUUAUAAUCUGCCGUAACAAGAGAACAGACAUUUAUAUCGCUGUGUUCAGUGUUCAUGUCCCAUUACUGCACUCGAUAUUUUUAUGAUACAGAUAUAAGAAUUGAGCUUACUCUAUAGAUCUGUUAUUUCUAACACCUUUUGAAAUUCUCAUAGCCAUUUAUGAAGUCUUCCGUUCUUGAUAUACUUAUUCCAUUAACACAUAGUUUAUUCCUGCCAUAAUGUAAGAUCUCUUGCAACGUUGCCAAGUUGCAUGAGAUUUUCAGAUUUUUAAAUUCUUGUAACUUCCUUUAACCUCCAUUUUCUCUUUUUUUUUUCGAAAAUGCCUUUGGCGUUAAUAAUCUGAAUGUAACUGUUUACGUGCAGGUCACUUAAAGGAUUUCAAAACCACCUGCCAUACCUUAAUGUUUCUUGAAGGGUCUUGCUUCUUUUUUCAUACAAUACGUCCAGUUUUUGAUUAGAUAUAGGCGACUGAAGGAAGUGCAACAUUGCUUAGUUCACUAUCGUUGUUUAAUUGCCGAAUGACAGAGUUAGAAUCGGCGAGAUUCAGGUGCAUUAGCGUGGGAAGUGGGGACCAUCUGGUACUCGACGGUGCGCAGUGUUGCCAUUUAUAGGCCAUACACUACGGUGUCACCGUACUAAACAUGUCCAACCACUAAACAAUCGGUUUAUAGUAUUGUCAUUACUAAGCUAACUGUAUAAAAAAAAGGCUGCGUUUUUUUCAAUACGCACAACCUCUCCAAGGAUUGAUAAUUUCCGUAUGUCGCCCGGUUUAAAUAAGUUAACAAGAAGGGAGUUCUAAAGGAAUUGACUAGGGUAAUUGACUAACUAAAAUUACUCCUAGACUGUUCAAUAAGUUUUGCGGUUCCGAACGGAACCGCGGACGGAGAGGCAGCGCAGAAAAAUCGCUCUGAAUUUACUAAAGCUAGUUUUUUUCACAGUUGAUUACUGUGAUUGUGUAGAGAAACAUACUGCGGUCGGUCAAGCGAAACGUAGAACAGGGGUUACUGAUAGGUUAUCAAAGUUGCUUUCCUACGAAGGUAAUCAAUUUACUAAGGCUGAAAAUCAGUACACACAUUCUAAAUUGAAUAUAAAUAAAAGUUAUUAUAGUCGGUCAGCUGUAUGACGGGACACGAGCCGGUUGGUCGGCUCCAGUGAAUGUACAGGUUAUUCACUGUAUUUUGACCCCCUUGUAAACUGCUUUAUUUACAGAAUUAGAAAAAAAUGUAAAAUACAAAAGUCAUUCGAUUUUUAAAAUAUGAUUUUUUGACAUAUAUAACAUACUAGUGACGUCAUCCAUCUGGACGUGAUGACAUAAUCGACUAUUUUUUUAAAUGAGAAUAGGGGUCGUGUGCAAAAAAAUUGUUUUGAAUUAAAUUAAUUGACAAAAAGAAGAAUGUAUGUAAUUUAUUUAAUUUAAAAUACAUUUUACUGCUGUUAGAAAACAAAAAUAAAGGUUUAUUGCACAAAUAAAAAUUGAUGUUUGCUUAAAUGCAAUGUUCAGACUGCCAAGAGGCAGAUGGGUGGCAGCUUGGACAUUGAAUUUAAGUGAAAAGUAAUGUUUAUUUGUUCAAUAAACAUUUAUUUAUGUUUUCUGACAGCAGUAGAAUGUAUUUUGUAUUAAAUAAAUUACAUACAUUCUUCUUUUUGUGUCAAUUAAUUUAAUUAAAAUUUUUUUGGACACCCUGUAUCAUGUUAAUGUUUAUAUUACUGAAUAGGGAAUUGAAUAAUCUUUAAAAUGAUCUAGCACUCGACCCCUAGUCCCAUUUAAAAAAAUAGUCGAUUACGUUCAAAUGGAUUACGUCACUAGUACGAUAUAUACCUAUGUCAAAAAAUCAUAAUUUAAAAAUCGAAUAAUUUUUGUAUUUUACAUUUUUUUCUAAUUCCAAAAAAGAAGCAGUUUACAGGGGAUCAAAAUAUAGUGAAUAACCCUGUACAUUCACUGGAGCCGACCGACCGGUUCUGUCCCGUCAUACAGCUGACCGACUAUAAUAACUUUUAUUUAUAUUCAAUUUAGAAUGUGUGUACUGAUUUUCAGCCUUAGUAAAUGGAUUGCAUUACCUUCGCAGGAAAGCAACUUUGAUAACCCAUCAGUAACCCCUGUCACAGCAUAAUAAACGAAACCAGCAAGGACACUCCCUGAUGCCGCCUUUGAAGUUGAAAAGUACAGGGUCGCCAUUUUUCGCGUAAUACAUCUCAGUGGUGAUGUGAUGUGUUGGUUUAUCAGUGUUGCCGAUGUCACCAACUUUAUUACCCGUAAGAGAUUCUUUUUGAAUAAUUUCUGGAAUUUAUGCAAAAGAUUAACAGUACAAUCGCCAUUCAUCGUCAAUAUUUUGUGUUAUGUCCCAAUUAUUGACAUAAUUCCCACAGGCAUACGCAUAAAAUUAUGUUAAAAAAUAUGAAUGUCAUAAAAGUUGAGUAAAUCUGAUAAUUAUGUACAAAUCGGCAACACUGUCGAUUUUCUACAUUGUCUGGUACUACGCACAAAAUGGCCGACGAUCUGCGCAGUAAUAGUGCGCGAACUUUUCCCGCCUACUAGUGUGUCACUGCUGUUGCGUUUUCUAUGCUGUGCCCCUGUUCUACGUUUCGCUUGACCGACCGUAGUAUCUUUCUCUACACAAUCACAGUAAUCAACUGUGAAAAAACUAGCUUUAGUAAAUUCAGAGAGAUUUUUCAGCGCUGCCUCUUGGACUAUUACAACAAAAACAAAAAAGCGAUGGUAUUGAAUCUUUACGGAAGAAAAACAUCAUAUAGAAUGAUCCGCUUUUACUAAUUCUUAAUUUAACAUGCAAUGUCGAUUAUCUAUAAGCAGAUUUUCCGAAAAUUCUUAACAGUCCUAUUAAAUAUAGCAAUUUAUAUUUGCUAGAUUUCCGAAUAAAAUUUUAGUUUGAUAUGGAUUGAUCCAGGUAUAAUAUAUUUUUAUAAAAUAUCAAAGUUUUGUAUAUUUUUUGUAUAAAUCUAGGUACAUGUAUAUAUUUAUAUUAAAUAUUACAUAUAUAUUUGUGACGUUUAAAUUAUUUCCAUUGUAAUUAUGUAAACUUUUUUAAUUACAUAAAUUAAAAGUUCUCUACCUUA